AUGGGCACGCUCGCUUUGAGAACAUGGUCCCUUGGAGGGGCGAUGCUAGUCCAGUCGGGGAACGACCAACGAUGGCCCAACGAUCUGAAGCCCAAGCUGGAUUGCAGUCAAGCUUUCUGGACGCUUCGAACGGGAGACUUGGCUACAGCCGAUCAUGCUUGGCCACCGGGUGGAUUCCUCCAGUGGCAGCUUGGCAACGCGAAAGCAGUUUUUGCAGCACGUUGGCCGACAUUCCACGUUGGAACCGUCCAUACUCUAGCCUAUUCCACAUACCGAACGCCCGAUACGAAGACCAAUCAGUACUUCCCUUCCUCUCCAACUUCCAGCAUCAGCCUAGGCCCGGCCGACCCUCCCGUGGAUUCAGCCCCGGGGUGUCGGGAGCACGUUGCGCGACGGCUCUACCCAGCAACGACAUUCGAUGUCAAUGGCUUUGGAUCUCAGCGCUGGACUUUUUUAAUUCUUUGGCUUGACGAAAAUCGGCCAAACUAG